CCGUCGCUCCCUUCUAGUUCUUCUGUCCCGCCCCUCCGGCUUUGUGACGGGGCGCGUUCGAGGCCGAGGUGGUAACGAACAGACUCUGAAAGUCCCGCGUGGAAAAAAAAAGAGAAAAGAAGAGAGGAGGAGGGCGAGGGCGGGCACGCCGGCAGACGGCACAGAGUUUGUGGGCGUGCGGGUAUGCGGCGCCGGGGACGACGGAGGAGACCAGGGCUCCCCUCCGUCUCUUGCGGCCGCCUGCUAGUUCUGGCGUUGUCCUUGCUUCAGGGACUCACCUCAGUUCAUUCUUCUGCCACGAAGGAACCUAAUGGAGUGAAAGUUGUAGGAUCAACCAAUUUGCCAGUGAAAGUUUAUGUCAGAUUGAAUCAUAACAGCCCACGUAUUCUAUGUAUAACAAAUCAUCUACGGAAUUCAGAAUUGAUUGAUCCAAUAUUUCAGUGGCAUGGACCGGGAGGUGAUCUAGUUGCAGAAAAUCAAACUGUAAAAAUGACGGCAACGGGAACGCUUGUAUUCCGACACUUCAAAUAUCAAAUGAGUGGAGUCUACACAUGUUCCCUUGUAUUUAAGCCAAUUGCAGAACAAGAUGAAAAAAGCUAUUUAAUUAAAUAUAUUAUUUAUGGAGUUCAACAUAGAUUCCCUCAUCUUCAUCCUUGCAAACAACCUUGUUAGGUGGGAAUGCUGAUCCCAGUCAUCCGCU